AUGGCGUUGAGAGGAGUGGAAAUGGAGAGUGGAGGAGAUGAAAUGGGUGUGGAAUCGCGCCACCUCAGCUACUACCGCCCCACUCCCGCCCCUCUCUCGCCCGCUCUCGCCCGCAUCUCACCCCACUCCCGCCCGCCUAACGCCCCGCUCUCGCCCCGCUCUCGCCCCGCUCUCGCCCGCCCCUCUCUCGCCCCGCCCCGCCGGCGCGCCGCCCCGCCUAUCGCCCCGCUCUCGCUCCGCUGUCGCCUCGCUGUCGCCCCGCUGUCGCCCCUAACGCGGGCGGUAGCCGGGCGGCAGCGGGCGGUACCGCCCGGCGCCAGCCGCGGCGCCCCGCGCUCCCGUCCCGCCCCUCUCUCGCCCGGCGGCGGGCGAUACCGCCCGCGCUGCCGCCCGCGUUGGCACCAGCCUAACCCCGCCGCCGCCGUGCCCUCGCCGGUAAGCUCCCCACCCUCUCCUCCUCCCAACCCCGGCUCCUUCCCCGGCGUCAUGUUGUCCGGCGACAGCUGCGGCGGCCGCGGCCCCAGGAGCGAUGGAUCUCCGACGGCGACGUCUCCACUUCCAGCUCGCAGAGCUACAUCGAGGUCGCCGCACGCCACCCCCGCGCCGCCACGCCGCCGCCUCCUCCGAGGCCGCCCCGGCCGCCCCUCGCGCGCCGGCCUCCACCCGCAUCGGCCCCCGCUCCGAGGUGCACCACGUCCGCCGCGCCUUGCAUGCCCGACGCCAACGGCGGGCAGCAACCUCAACACCGGCACCACCAGCGGCGCCGCCCCAUUACGCCGGGAGACCACGCACGAGCCACCGCAGCCCUUCUCCAGAGAUGGAGGGUGGCCUCUGCUUCAGGUUCCUGGAGCCCGGACACCCUGUCCGUGGCUGCACUAA